AUGAGCAUUCGGAGAAUAAAGCGCACGCCGCCGGUGGGAAAAUAGGCAGCGUUUGUGAUUUCGUGCAGCUAACUAUCCAGCUGGGUAAUGUUUCGCACUGUUCAUUCCUACUGCCGUUGUCUUUGAAGACGUAUACGGAAAGAACUUCCUGGAUAGCUGUGGUCGCAGACCGUUAGCUGAGAGGUUAGCUAAACCGGAGACGGGAUGUAAAUUAAUCCAGACGGGACCAGCCCCAGGAGCCGGGAGCAGCAGUCAGUCACACCCUUGUCUGGGGAAAGUGGGGGAAAUCUCUGCGCUGAACAACAUGAAUGUGUUAUCCGUCACUCUUUAUGCUGUUUUGUAUAGAUAUAUUCUAGCCUCGGACUGCUGAAUUAUAGCUUGGAAGCACCAGUUUGAGUUAACUGGUAAGUGUGGACUGGAUAUGACUGACUCAUCAUCAUGGUACGGACAGAGGAGAUAACCCCGACCAGUCUGUCUGCUGCAGUGACAACCAGACAGCCGCACAACUAGCUAGACAGCUAAGUUAUUACCAUAUUAAAUCUUUGUUAUUAUUAUUAUUAUUAUUAUUAUAGACUUCCCCUCUUAGUCAGCGUGGCAGUAUGAGUGCCCCGAUGUACACCUUUGUCACCCGUGACGACAACAGCACUGUUUAUGCAGAAGUUUCCAAAAUCCUCCUCUCGACUGGACAAUGGAAGAGACUGAAAAGAGACAAUCCCAGAUUCAACCUUAUGCUCGGUGAACGGAACAGAUUACCCUUUGGGCGUCUGGGCCACGAACCAGGACUGGUGCAGCUGGUUAACUACUACAGAGGUGCAGACAAGCUUUGCAGGAAAGCAUCAUUGGUCAAGCUAAUAAAGACCAGCCCAGAGCUGUCUGACUCCAGUAACUGGUUUCCGGAGUCCUACAUCAUCUAUCCCACUAACCUCAACACGCCUGUUGCUCCAGCUACAAAUGGCAUCAGCCAUCUGAAGAGCAACCCUAAGACGGACGAGCGGGAAGUUUUUUUGGCCUCCUAUCAUGCUAAAAAAGAAGGCGGAGAGGGUACAGUGUGGAUAGCCAAGUCCUCUGCUGGAGCUAAAGGUGCUGGUAUUUUGAUAUCCCAUGACGCUAAUCAGCUGCUGGAGUAUAUUGAUAAUCAGGGGCAGGUUCAUGUUAUUCAGAAGUACCUGGAGAAACCGCUGCUUCUGGAGCCGGGACAUCGCAAAUUUGACAUCAGGAGCUGGGUGCUAGUGGACCAUCAGUAUAACAUCUAUUUGUACCGGGAGGGCGUGCUGCGGACCUCCUCGGAGCCCUACAACAGCUCCGACCUCCAGGACAUGACCAGCCACCUGACCAACCACUGCAUUCAGAAGGAGCACUCCCUGAACUACGGACGCUAUGAGGAGGGGAACGAGAUGUUCUUUGAUGAGUUCAGGCUGUACCUGCUGAACACUCACAAUGUUACCCUGGAGACCACCAUAUUACCUCAGAUCAAGCAGAUCAUAAAGAGCUGUCUGUCAUGUAUUGAGCCUGCAAUCAGCACCAAACACCUGUCCUAUCAGAGCUUCCAGCUCUUUGGAUUUGAUUUCAUGGUGGACGAGAGCUUCAAAGUGUGGCUCAUUGAGAUCAAUGGAGCUCCAGCCUGCGCACAAAAACUGUAUUCAGAACUAUGUCAAGGGAUUGUGGAUGUGGCCAUUUCCAGUGUCUUCACCCUAAACAGCGGCGGCGACUCCUCCUCUGCUUCCUCCUCACCGUACUCCUCCUCCCCAUCAUCAAUGUUCACCACCAACUCCUGCUCCUCUCCUAAACUGAGAGGACCGCUUCACGUGGGUCCUUUCACUCGACUGUGAGCACCAAACCGAAUAUUGCCCUCGUUUCUUCUGCGCUAGAAGCUUCCUCCAUGCUCUGUCCUCACUCCUAAACUGCACCUGAGAAGUAGCACUUGCCAGCAAGGCGACCCUUCGCUGUACCUCGCCUGCCUCGGCUGGAGGGACACUUUCUGUUUGUGGAAACCACGGAACUGCACGAGUGAUCUCUUCUCUCCUGAUUAUGCAUAUUAUGAAUGUGAGGAUGGCGACGAACUGUUCAAUAAAUGUUCAGGGAGUUUCUGAAUGAGGACAGACACCCGUCCAUCUCAGCUCCACCACCAGUGUCUCCCCAAGCAGAUGAAUGGAGGCGUGAAGGAUGCAGAGAUGCUCCAACUGAGACUGUAGUGCCUUACAUUUCCAACCACGCUCCCUUAAAAAAAAGAAACUGUCAGUUAGCUUGCUCUGUUAUAGUGACUUGUACUUGUUCUAUAAGCCUUUGCACUGUUGCUCAAACAUACCAAUGUGGUCAAGAUCAGUCCACAAGAUAUAGCAUAAAACAGAUUCCUUGAUAGUUGAGAUGAUGGUGAGCCUUUCAGUGCUAUUUUUUCAUCAGACACUUUCCUUGUUUUUUUAAAUAACUUCUUAUAUUUUCCCAGUACCUACUGCUACCCAUUAGUUUGAAUGAGGGAUGCUAACAUCGAUAAAGAAGCUACAGUGAUUGAUGUGUUUGAACCUAUAAAGACUCACUUAUAUGACGACUUAUUGACCAGUAUACUAACUACAUGUAUCUGAUGAGCUAAGUAUUAACAGUAUCAAGGUUUGCCAUGAAAAAUAACAUUCCUCUUCACUUGAAUAUGUCGAUGCUAUGUAUUAUUUACAUUCAGGGCAGCUGGGUGGCAUAAGUGAGCAGGGAGACCCAAGUUUAAGUCCAUCCUGAUCGAGUAUCCCUGCCUUUUCUAAAUAGCAAAGAGGAAAGGGUAAAGACAACCCCAAAAGUAUUUCAUUCUUCUGUUCUAAACAAGUUCUUUAUAGGAUAUUUCACUUUGUUUAAUGUCAUUUGAAGAGAGCAUGUUUGUGCGAAAGCAUGUAGCACACACAGCAUCUUGCUGUAAAGACCUGCCCUAAUGUCUGUGUUUUACUUCUGAUGUAUGAAAAACUAGACCGUCGAUGUGAAGUGUUGUGUGGAUUCCGUUGUUGAAGUGUUGAAAUGAACGUAGCGUAGAUUGUACAGAGUGUCUUAUUGAUUAUUUAAAGCAUUUAAUGACCCCGUGAAAUGAAACUUACUUUACACAAUAAUGAAUUGUUGACAACAGUUAAACUAAUACAGAAAAAAUAAACAUACAACACUACUUCAUACUUCUUACACUGAUCUCUCAUUGCCAAAGAAAUGUCAGUUGCACCAAGGAAGUUUGAUUUUACAUCAGCGAUACAUUAGGUGAUUUUGUUUUGUUUCAUGGGGUCCUUAAAUAUUUCACUUUUACUUUAACUAAAUCUCUUUGUGAGUAGACGAGACCUUAGAGGUGUAACUGUCCAAGGUGACUUGUGUUGGAUCAAUUUUACAUCAACGUUUGUUGGAUUGUUUCGUUUUUCUCUUCGAUUAGCUUCACAUUUCUGACAGGUGCAUACUGGGAAGACAACUGUUGUGUUUCCGUGGGCUCAUUUGAACUUCAUUAUGUGUGGUUUUAGGAUGUGUGUUUGUCACACUGUUACGGUUUCCUGCUGUUCCCCUCUUUUAUCCUCUGUUCAAAUGUGCGAGGCUUCGCUCCCCGUGUUGCAAGAAACACCAGUUAAGGGAUGCUGUCACUUAUUCAAUCACUGUGUGUUUGUGUUUACAAGAUGACUCUGAAGAAUGAAGGAUAUGUAAGUGACUGAAGGUCGGGAAGAUGGACUAGUUACAAGGCAGGUUAGAUGGGCCUGUAGAAGACUCAGUAACUGCCUAAAAUAAUGUCUGAAUAUGUGGAAAGGUAUUACUGGAAGUGGUGAAAGUGUCAGCACUAAUAUUGGAAAGUUAAAGCAAACUAUCAGUAUUAUUUUGAAAUUGAAUUUGUUGGUAAAUUUCCAUUAAAGGGAAGGGUGCCUUAGAGGGAAUUGCAUACUGAUUUUAAAAAAAAGAAGAAGAAGCAAUGCACCUCCAGCAUUUAAAUGCACCUUCAUUUCUUUGUACUGAGGUGAAUUUGUAAGACCUCUGUCAAAUUCCAUGAUGUCAUUUUCUCUCAUUUGGAGUUUCUUUGCACAUCUGACUAAUUUUAUCAUGUUUUUCCUUAGGUGUUUUAUUUUUCUAUUUCUUCAUCUUUACCAAAGAUAAAAUCCCUGCUGUAUUUUCAGUGUGUAGUAAUGUUUAGUCGAUGCUAGAUUCUAGGCAUCAUCACGACGUCGAUUACCCAACAUGAUCUAAAAGCAAGUAUCAUGCUCAGAGGGAUGUGUCCUGUGUUUUUGUUAGGUGAUGUUUUAUCGAAGAUCUUGCAUGAACAUUUGUCUUUAUGAGAAACAAUAUCAUUAGAAUAAAACUUAUUACUUAUCAUCAA